UAAGAUACUUGGUGCAAAGAACUAAGCUAGACAAGGAGAUGACGAAUUCAUGGGCAAAACAGCGUUGGAUAUCUUGAAGGAGAGCCCUCGAGACCCAAUCACCUAUCCAGAAAUCAGAAAGAUCUUGAAUAGUUUAUCAAAUCGUUCGAAAUUGCUGGGAAUCCUCCCCAAGAUGACCGACAUCACAAUGGUGGUGGUCGUCCUCAUCGCCACCAUGGCGUUCCAAUCCAUCCUCCAACCCCCCGGCGGCGUGUGGCAAGACGACACGUCAACGCACAAAGCCGGUGAAGCAGUGAUGGCAUACACACAUCCCAAGAUGUAUAAGCACUUCGUCAAUGCCAACACCACAGCUUUCGUUUCUUCCCUCAUCACAAUCAUGCUCAUCACCACCGGGCUGCCGCUGGAGCACUUCUUUUUCCUGGCGGUGGCCACGACGGCGAUGUGGCUGUCGCUGACGUCGCUUGCGGUGGGCUAUGGGGCUUCGUUGAUCAUGACGACUCCGAACGAAGAGCAAACGCUUGGGUAUAUUGUGGCGGCGGUGGUGUGUGUUUUCCUUAGCUUCAUUCUGUUGCUAGUUCUCUACCUCUGUAUCAACGGCUUGCAAUCCUCGUGGAGGAGAAAAUCUCGUUACGAAUAUAAACGUCUGCGACAUCUGAUUUGAGUGUAGUUGCAGAGGAAGGAGACGUAGUAUUAUUAUUUGCUUGAAUAAUUGCGGAAAGCAUAUGCGCGAGAGAUGUUCGAUGAAAAGUCUCUGUGACCGGUUUUUACGCCAAUAAACUAUGAUCGUUUGUAGUCUUCAUAUUUUAGAUUAUACUAGCAUGCAUUUUCAC